GAAGGAACUGAGCGAGUUGCCGGCCCCGCUUAUGGCAUCCCUUAUCGGAUGCUUGGUAAAAGCAGGAAGAGCUUCUUCGCCUCUCUUUACCGCGUGCGGUGAACGCAUAAUAGCUAUCGGCAACACAUUUGAUCCCACAUCUAUUGCAAAGACAUGUGACGCAUUUUACCGUGCAAAUGUUUUGACAGAGGAGGUGUUUGGCGCACUUGCGGAGCGAGCUUGCAAAGUCGCAGCUGACUUCCGAGCGGACGAGAUUAAUCUCACAUUGAAUGCUCUUGGGUCGUUUGAUCUUUUUGAUGGUGAGCUGUUUCCGUUGCUUGCGUCUCGCUUUGUGUCCAUUGUGAAACAGGGCGGGUAUGUCAGUCCUGUUGACGCCGCUGGAGUACUUGCUAGCUUCGCUGCUGUACAGGAAAGAAGCGAUGAGCUUGUUCACAUCUGCACGCAGCUAUUGGCUGCCCACUGCGAUGCUCUUGACGGGGCAACCUUGGUGCAGAGUCUUUGGGCCUGCACUGUGCUCAACGUGCGGAAUGAAGCCCAGCAGUCCCUGAUGGAGUACGCCAAGGGCGAUGCGUCAAGGAUCCCCAGCGAGGAAGCGGCAGCGAGGCAGUCGAGGCAGGCUCUUGAGCGUCUUCAAUACGUAAAGAAGGCCUAUGGCUUGGCUGGGCCGCAGCCGCAGGGGUCUUUGUAA